AUGCGGGCUAAGUUAUUUCCACACGUUGCGGUCCGGCUGUCAAGUGCUCGCACUGCUAGCUUUUCGACAUCUUCAAGAGCGCUUGGCUAUGCUGACACGCUACCAAACUUGAAGAUUGGUGCGCACACAAAGGUCUUAUAUCAAGGAUUUACUGGUCGCCAGGCAACUGCAAAUGUCAAAGAGUCAUUAGAAUGGGGCACCAAAAUCGUUGGAGGUGUCAAGCCCGGGGUGGAGGGUGAGCAUCUGGGCUUGCCUAUCUUCCCCUCGGUGCGAGUAGCCAAAGAGAAGUCAAGUCCGGAUGCAUCUGCUAUCUAUGUGCCAGGAAAUCAGACGGCGCAAGCAAUUGAAGAGGCGAUAGAAGCCGAGAUUCCUCUGGUCGUUGCCGUUGCGGAACAUGUUCCUGUUCAUGAUAUGCUACGAAUCCAUUCCAUACUUCAGACACAGUCCAAGACGAGAUUAGUAGGAGCUAAUUGUCCUGGUAUAAUAUCUGCCGUUGGCAAGUGUCGUAUAGGAUUUCAGCCUUUGCCAUGUUUCACGCCCGGUAGAAUCGGAGUUAUUGCCAAAUCUGGCACGUUGAGUUACGAGGCUGUAGCGUCAUUGACCCGAGCUGGUUUGGGGCAGAGUCUGUGCAUUAGUAUGGGAGGUGAUGUUUUGGCGGGAACAAACUUUGUCGAUGCGUUGAAGGUCUUUGAGAAUGACGGGGACACGGAUGGCAUUGUCCUCAUUGGAGAGAUUGGUGGCACUGCUGAAAUAGAUGCUGCAGAAUGGAUUAAAGAUUACCACAGGAGGACGAAGAAACCGAAACCGAUAAUGGCCUUAGUUGGAGGAUUGGAGGCUCCUAAAGGCCGAGUAAUGGGACAUGCUGGAGCAUGGGUUGCACCCGGCGAGCCUGAUGCCAGAGCUAAAUAUGACGCACUCCAAAAGGCUGGGGUCACUCUUGUGAGCCACCCAGAGAAAUUUGGACCUGGAAUGAAGAGCCUCUUGGGGAACACCGGACGUGUUUCAAACACUAGCACGACACCGACAUCAGCCGGUCAACGCAGAGGGUUUCACACAGUGAGACAGACUAGAGACAGAGUUCAACCUGUUCAGUGCCGUUUCCUUCACAUCAAACAACAUCAAGCGUUCGAUAUGCUUGAAGUAGCACAAAUCCAAUCGCAAGCGAAAGAGGCUUCCUCAGAAGACUUUCACCUAUCAAUUACUGUUGAUCGAACAUAUCUUUCGCCCUGCGUUACUGUCUCGUCUGGUAGUAAAUCUCCAGAAUCAUCAUUAAGAAUACCGUUCAAUUACGAAAAUCCCGAGUUUGCCACGAAUACAAACAAGGCAAUUCAAUCUGAGAUUGUCUCAUUCCUGGGCUUUGAGGCAGAGUACCAAGAGGCAGUGCGCAAGUACUUGCAAGAGCUUUAUAAGAUAUUUAAGGAUAACGAAGCAUUUGCGUUAGAGACAAGAGCUUCAUUUUCGGCAGGCAAGAAGAUAGUGGUGCACGAGACAAGAUUCGGAUUUGAUGAUGCUGCCUACAAGAGCUCUGGACGACAUGAAAAGCUACAUCAGCUCCGUGAUGUUGCUGCUGAGGUUACUGAAGAAGUCAGAGCUGAGAAAAGUGGUAUAGUCUAUGUGAAACUCGACGGUGAAGGAAGUAUUGGUACACUGGUCAAUGGAGCCGGCCUUGCCAUGAACACCGUGGAUGCUCUGAUCCUGAAAGGCGGCAAACCAGCCAACUUCCUCGACACUGGCGGUAAAGCCACGGCGGCCACUGUGAAAGAGUGUUUUAGCAUAUUGUGUGAGGAUGCUCGCAUAAAGACGAUCUUUGUCAACAUCUUCGGCGGAUUGACCAGAUGUGACAUGAUUGCGGAGGGCAUUAUGGAUGCUUUCAAAGAACUCGACAUGAAGGUACCCGUCGUUGUACGAUUAAGAGCUCAUACGGCCGUUAUUGAGGAUCUGAAUUAUCCACUGGGGGGCCUCUGUGGUCUGUUUCCACAUGUUGUCCACCAGAUCUACUGGGCGGGCCAUCGCUGGCGCCGUGCCUACAAAAGUGCCGCUCCCCUCGUCCAGCUGGAAUAUCCUGGAUCAACGGUCCCGAAACCGCGGUCCAGAAUACGUCGUGUCAUCGGAUUCACCUCCCUCGCCGUAUUUUCAUAUUUCGUUGGAUCGGCUAUCCCGCUUAAUAGAACAGUCAUGGAAAUCGUCACUGGCGGCAUUCCUUCCGACGAGGAAUCCCUCACCAUCUUUCGGCCAACGGAUGAAAUAUCCCAAGAAAUCGAAACCCAUAUCAUGACACACCCAUUAGCUCAGAAAUAUCGCAAUGACCCGGCGUUUACUGAAUCGCGACCGCACAUGAAAAUCCCGGAGAAGCUUCGUGGGCGACACUUGAUUACGGGUACUCUGCUUGGGCCGAAACGGAUGGCCGUUCCGCCACUAGUUUUUCUGGAGGAGAACGGAAAGGAAAUGAUUGCUAUCACAUAUUUGGGUCAAGAGGUGUGCGGGCACCCGGGUAUCGUUCACGGAGGACUGUUGGCGACCAUCUUGGACGAGGGAUUGGGACGUUGCUGCUUCCCUGUGUUACCAAACGGUAUCGGGGUCACUGCAAACCUUAGCAUUGAUUACCGGAAACCUGUAACUGCCGAUAAUUACAUUGUCUUGAGAGCCGCGACAGUCAAACACGAAGGUCGUAAGGCAUGGGUUGAGGGGCGUAUUGAAACCUUGCCGGAAGGUGAUGAGGAGCCGAUCGUUCUUGUGGAGGCGAAGGGGUUGUUUAUCGAACCGAAAUACGCAGGUGCGACCGCAAACAUGUCGAAAAACACUCUGUACCAGUUACUUUCCCUCCCCACCACGAUCGUUCCCUCGCACCACCAUGACGACGCCCUCGAAGCUAUCUCCUCAACGAUCGGUGUCGAUGGAUCGGUCUCUUCGUUCCCCAUUCCUGAAUUCAAGAUCGGCACAUUAGAUGCUUUGGUGCAGCAAGCGGAGGAGCUGGCCAAGUUAGAGGGUGUCUGCCAGGCCGUCGUGGGCAAGGUCGGAGAAGCGCUCAAGGGUGUCUUGGGGAAUGAUGAGGAGCAGAUUCAGAGGAUGAAGACGGUCAAUGAUAAACCCGUCGACCAGUACCUCCGUACAUUUCAAUGGAACAAGGUCAAGUACCGAGCCGAUAGAUCGAUUGGCGAAUUGAUUGAUCUUUUGAAAAAGGAAGCUGCCAGCAUUGAUAGCGACAUCCGAAGCAAAUAUUCUCAGUAUAAUCAAGUCAAGAACACCCUGGCAACAUUACAACGCAAACAAACCGGAAAUCUAGCAUCGAGAUCCCUAGCAUCAAUUGUCGACCCGCAAAAACUGGUUCACGACUCGGAAUAUUUAGAAACACAUCUCAUCGCCGUCCCAUCCCAACAAAUCAAAGACUUCUUGAAGCUAUAUGAAACGAUAUCUCCGAUGGUGGUGCCACGGUCUGCGAACCUCGUCGCCGAAGACGACGAAUUCAGCCUGUAUGCCGUUACGACGUUCAAGAAACACGGCGCAGAAUUCACCCAUAAGGCUAGGGAGAACAAGUGGAUACCUCGCGACUUCAAAUACACUGAAAGUGGCCGGGAAGAAGAAGCCAAGGAGGUUGAGCGAGUGGGCGGUGACGAGCGCAAACUUUGGGGCGAGACGAUCCGACUUGGUCGGACAAGCUGGAGUGAGGCUGUCAUGGUCUGGAUUCAUGUCCUGGUAUUGCGCGUCUUUGUUGAGACUGUGCUCCGAUAUGGAUUGCCUCUGGAUUUUGUUUCUUCUAUUGUCAGGACAACGUCGAAAGGCGCCGAAAGAGCAAAGAAGAACCUGGACAAUAAAUACAACUAUCUCGCCGGAAACGCGUUCGGUCGCGACAAGAAAGGCCGGGUCAAGAAGGACGACCCGAAUGAGAUGCAGGUAGCAGGUGAAGGAGGCGGAGCCGAUUAUACGGCGUAUGUGUACUAUGAGUUUGAGUUUGAAUGA